GCCAAGCUACAGACGGGGAAGGACGCGCGCUCGUUUUGUACUAAAUAAAAUAUGUUUACGAUUGAUCAGUGUUUACCAACAGUGAUUUUGUGACUGAGUUGUCUGAAUAUGACAUGAUACACUAGUGUUGUUUAUUGUUUGUGAAUAAUAUACUAUGGCUCGGAUUUUUUGUUUUCUCCUGUUUGUGUGGCUGGUGUCUGCUGACCAGGAAGAGGUCGAAGGUGGCAAGUGUGAGAGGAUCAAGCUGCCACUAUGCCAGGAUUUGGGAUACAAUUGGACUGCCAUGCCCAACCUGAUGGGACACAAGGACCAGAAGGAAGCUGAGAAUGCGAUGGUGUCAUUCGCGGGUAUACUAUCGAGUGGGUGCUCGGUGCACGCUCGGUUCCUGCUGUGCUCUGCGUUCGCUCCGCUAUGCUCGGAGGAGGUGUCCGGCUCCGUGAGCGCCUGCCGUGCGCUCUGUGAAACCGUGGUCGACGACUGCAAGGAACAACUCAAGCAGAUGCUGCCCAGCAUCAUCCUCGACUGCUCCGCGUUCCCACUCCGAGCUGAUCGCAGAUUGUGCAUGCGACCACCCAAUGCUAGCGAGUCGUCAGAACCUGAACCACCACCAGCAUCAAGAUGGCCGUUCCACGACCAUGAAAUAAGAGAACAUGGAUGUCCACCAGCAUACACAAGAGCCCCCACAGGCGAGUGCUGGCCCGCGUGCGGACAACAUGCUAGAUACAGUCAGACUGACAAGAGGAAAGCAGAAAUAUGGAUGAACACACUGGCGUGGUUCUCUCUACUGUCCACGUCAUUCGCACUGCUCACUUUCUGUGCGGAGCCGUCGCGGUACCGGUACCCGGAGCGACCAGUAGUGUGGAUGGCGGCGUGCCAUGCGAUUGUAGCUCUAGCGUACGUCACUCGAGGCUGGCUGGGGGCUAAGAUGGUGUCCUGCUCUGGUAACACGCUAGCUGUGGAUGGCCUGGCGUCUCCGACCUGUGUCGCCUUCUUCUCGUUCACCUACUACUUCACUCUAGCGGCGGACGCAUGGUUCGCUAACGCGUGCGUGGCGUGGUACCUGACUGCAGCCAGUGAAUGGUCUACUGAGGCAUUAGAGCGAGCUGCUGCGUACCUUCACGCAGUGUCGUGGGGCUGGGCAGGAGCAUGGACGGCUGCUGCCUUAGCGUUGAGGAGAGUGACAGCUGACGAACUGACCGGAACGUGUGCAAUAUCAGACGCUGCAGCGGCAGCGUUAGUGGGAGUACCGAGAGGUGCAUUGUUAGUGACUUCUGUGGCGUUGGCGAUUGGGGCAUGUCCCGGUAUCAUGAGGGUACGACGUGCGUUGGACUCUCGCGGCGCUCGGAGAGUGGGCCGGCUGGCGGCGCGCGCGGCGGCGGCAGGGCUGGUGUACCUGUCGCUGGCAGCGCUGAGUACGGCGGCGCGCGUGCUGGACGCCAGGCUGCGGGAGCGACGCGCGGGGCUCGCGCUGCUGGGUGCGGACGCGGUGGCGGCGGGCGCGGAGGCGGGCGCGCUGUGGGUGUGCGCGGGGCUGGCGUGCGGGGUGGGUGCGGGGGCGUGGGCGUGGUCGCGCAAGUCUGCGUGGGUGUGGCGGCGCGCGCUGUGCCCGCCGCGCAAGUCGUGCGGCGCGCCGCCGCUGCUGCGCGCGCCUGCGGUGGCGGCGCCGUGCCCGCCCUACUACAAGCGCCCGCUGCACGUGUCGCGCGUGUGACGCGUGGACUCGUGUGUAGUCGCGAGCGGACGAUGGACUCAGUAUUUAACUCGUGUUGUAUAAAGUGCCUGGUAUUGCCUUCUGUGAAGGCGCUCUCGAUUAUAUUUUGUACAAAUGUGUAAAUAAUGUAAAUUUUAUCAUUGAUUAAUAAUAUACUGUUGUUUUUAUAUCACUCUUUGGUUUCAUU